CCUCACCGUGGCACGGGCGACGCGCUCUGUGCUGCGUUGAACCGCAUUGACGGCAUUAUUGCUCCCCUCAUCAAGAUUGCCACAACACCGCUCGGUGGUAGUGCAUCGGCAAAUACAGCGAAUGGGCACGUUGUGAUCGCGUCCACGUUUGUAAUGCUGAUGGCUUUCGUAUUUUGCAGUCCUGUCUUUGUGUCUGCUGCGUUGUUUAUGGUUGCAGCCGUCUUGACGAUAUUGCUUCCUAUCGAAGUGAGU